AUGGACGUGGCAACGGAGCCCAUGAUACUGCUGCUUUUUGCGGUCGGCGUCCUGUACUCGAUCUGGGGCAAGGCAUGGGACGCCGCCACGAUUAUCGUAACCAUCCUGGUGGUCGUGGGGCUAGAAGUGUCGACCGAGUGGCGGGCCAAGAACGCACUGCUGUCGCUGUCUAACUCGGUGCCAAUCAACACGUCGGUGCUGCGCGAAGGCAGGGAAGGCGUGGUGGCUGCGGACGAGCUUGUCCCCGGAGACGUGAUUCUGCUGGCACAUGGGCAGAGCGUGCCAGCAGAUGCUGUGGUAGCAGUGUCGAGUGGGCUGGCGGUCGACGAGAGCAUGCUGACUGGCGAGUCGAUAAGCGUGUACAAGACAGCGCUGGAUACAAAUGGCGAGCAGGAGCCCAGAGACGGCAGUGAUGGCGACGAUACAUUGGUAGAAAUCCCGCGAACUCUGGUGUGUGCUGGCACAACGGUGACCGGCGGGCGCGCGGUGUGUAUAGUGGUGGCAACGGGCAGCAACACCGAAAUAGCGGGUAAUGUGGUGCAGCUGAUGCGUGGCAGCAAGCCGCCACCGACACCGCUGCAGCGGCGGAUGAAGAAGCUGGCAGGAACGCUAACGAUUGCGGCGAUUUCAGUAUGUAUAAUAUUCCCGGUCAUCGGCUUACUGCAGGGCAUGUCGUGGCAUAGUGCAAUUCUGAUGGGCAUGAGUCUGGCAUUUGCCACGAUCCCCGAGGAGCUCCCGCUGAUUGCCAAGGCGUCAUUGGCGCUGGGCGCUAGACAGCUGGCGAAGAACAACCUGCUGGUGCGCAAGCUGAGUGCGGCUGAUGCACUAUCGGAAGUGUCGGUGAUUGUUACGGACAAGACAGGCACGCUGACGAGAAACCAGCUGGUCGUGUCGUCGGUAUUGGUGAUAGGAGAGAGCGGGAGCGGGGGUCCGGCAGUUGAGGUUAUCACGCCCGAGGCCUUUGCUGCCAGCGAGCGGUCCUCGGCGCUCGUCACGCCGCUGUACUCUGCAUGGUCGCUUUCGGUGGAUCCGCUGGAGGCCAAGCCGCUGGCGCAUUUCCUGGUGUCGGCCCGGUCGCAGGCUAUUGAGCGGAAGUCUGUGUCACCGCUGGCCAACCGCCGCGCCAGUACAUCGGCCUCAGUGACGCCAAAGCGCGAGUUUCACUACACCGUGGUUAAAGGAGCGCCUGACAUUCUGUUGCCGCUGUGUGACCGCGUGUGGAGAGCGACGGGCACUCAGAAACACGAUAUCGCCGGCGGUGCGAUUGAUGGAGUGCAGCCGCUGUCGGAUUCAUUCGCACAGGCGAUCUCCCGCUCAGCAAUCAAUCUGGCUGCCGGUGGCAGUCGGAUCAUCGGCUACGCCAUCGCAGCCACUGCGGCUAGCAGCAAGACCGCGGGCCUGCAGAACCUGAUAUUUGUGGGGGCGUUUGCAUUCUACGACCCGCCGCAGCACGAGGCUCGGCCGGUGAUCCAGGAGUGCCAGAGCUCCGGGAUCCGCGUCAUCAUUGCUACGGGCGACCACCCGAGCACAGCCCUGGCGGUGUCGAGUGCUGUGGGCAUCAGCGAGGUGCACUCACAGCUGUCCGCCGACCAGUGCAACCGGGACCUGACGAACGGCUCGUUUGACAAGCUGGUUGACGAGAGCAAUGUGUUUGCCCGGGUCACACCCGCACAGAAGCUGCGGCUAGUGCAUGCGCUGCAGGCGCGCGGUGAGACUGUUGCAUUUAUAGGCGACGGCAUCAAUGAUGCGCCGUCGCUGACGCGAGCGGACGUCGGCAUCUGCAUGGGCGGGAAUCCGUCGACGGCCGAUGUGGCCAUGGAUGCUGCCAGCCUGAUUGUGCUGUCAGGGAAGUUUUCGGGCGUCGUCCGGUGCCUUCGUGAGGGCCGGCGGCUCAGCGCCAACAUUGAGAAAUGCAUGGUGUUUUACAUUUCGUGCAAGCUGGCCAUAGUCAUGCUGUUCGGCUUCCUGCUGAUCGCCGAGGGCGCCAGUCCAUUGACGCCGAUCCAGGUGAUCCUGAUCGAGCUGUUUACUGAC